AACAAGAGGAACUAAAGGAGGCGACGCUUGUGUUCACUACGACGUGUUUAUAGCGAGGCACAGGUUUCCGCUAAAUUUGUAAAUUUGAAAACACGUCUGGCUGUUGGGUCUUUUUAUCCGCGGAAGAUGUCCACUCUCUUCCCCUCGCUCCUUCCACGCAUGACGGAGUCGCUGUGGUUCAACCUGGACCGGCCGUGCGUGGACGAGACCGAGCUGCAGCAGCAGGAGCAGCAGCACCAGACAUGGCUCCAGAGUAUUGCUGAGAAGGACAAUAACCUGAUGCCCAUCGGGAAGCCCAUCUUUGAGACAUUCGAUGAGGAGGAAGAGGAUGAUGAUGAGGAUGAGGAGGACAGUGAGGAAGACUCGGAGGAUGAAGAGGACAUGCAGGACAUGGACGAGAUGAACGACUACAACGAGUCCCCUGACGAUGGAGAGAUCCACGAGGUGGACAUGGAGGCAGCGGAGCAGGACCAGGAUCAGUGGAUGAUCUAGGCCUGAGUCAUCUACCUGCUGAUCAUCAGUAGUCUCCCUGUGUGUGUGUGUGUGUGUGUGUGUGUGUGUGUGUGUGUGUGUGUGUGUGUGUGUGUGUGUGUGUGUGUGUGUGUGUGUGUGUGUGUGUGUGUGUGUGUGUAAACAGGUGGACAUGGAGGCAGCGGAGCAGGACCAGGAUCAGUGGAUGAUCUAGGCCUGAGUCAUCUACCUGCUGAUCAUCAGUAGCCUCCCUGUGUGUGUGUGUGUG